AAGUUGGUGUGGCUGAUGCAGGGGGAGGAGGAUAGUCUGUUUUAUAGCUGUAUCAUUGAGGUGACUGUGUAGGCGGCUAGCAACUAGUAGUGUUUUUGAAUUGGACGGUGCGCCGUUUUGGGUAGAAGACCAAAGCGUUUCUGGCAAAACAAUUAUAAAAUCAUUUGUUUUGAACUAGAUAGACCCUCAUUGGUAGAGUGACGUAACCUAACGAAAGGGAUGUUUUCCAAGCUGAGUUGCAUCCUGAGCCGUGCUGGCCCAGCCUUGACCCGCAAGGUCCACUCAGUCACCCGUCCCGCCUCCUCCGCUGCCUCCAAACUGAUGUCGGAGCGCCUGCUGACCUCUGAAGCGGUGUAUGCCCGCGAGGAGAAGUAUGGUGCCCACAACUACCACCCUCUCCCUGUGGCCCUGGAGAGAGCAGAGGGGCUGUACGUGUGGGAUGUGGAAGGCCGAAGGUACUAUGACUUCCUCAGUGCUUACAGUGCGGUAAACCAGGGCCACUGCCACCCCAAGAUCAUUGCUGCCCUCAACGCCCAGGCUUCCAGGCUCACCCUCACUUCACGAGCUUUUUACAAUGACGUGCUGGGAGCCUAUGAGGAGUACAUCACCACCAUGUUCGGCUACGACAAAGUUCUACCAAUGAACACUGGUGUGGAAGGUGGAGAGACUGCCUGCAAGCUAGCCCGUAAGUGGGCCUACACUGUGAAGGGUGUCCCCAAGAACCAGGCAAAAAUCAUUUUUGCGAAUGGUAACUUCUGGGGGCGCACCAUGGCAGCCAUCUCCAGCUCCACCGACCCUAGCAGUUACGAAGGUUUUGGACCUUUCAUGCCUGGCUUUGAGCUCAUCCCCUACAACAGCAUUCCUGCACUGGAGAAUGCUCUCCAAGACCCAAAUGUGGCAGCCUUCAUGGUUGAGCCGAUCCAGGGAGAGGCUGGAGUGGUGGUUCCUGACCCGGGCUACCUGACCAAAGUCAGAGAACUCUGCACCAAACACAAUGUGUUGUUCAUCGCUGAUGAGGUGCAGACCGGGCUGGCACGAACAGGCCGGCGCCUGGCAGUGGACCAUGAGGCUGUGCAUCCGGACAUGGUGGUGCUGGGCAAGGCUCUGUCUGGAGGAGUCUACCCUGUGUCUGCAGUUCUGUGUGAUGACGAGGUUAUGCUCACCAUCAAGCCCGGUGAGCAUGGCUCCACGUACGGAGGCAACCCCCUGGCCUGCCGUGUGGCCAUCGCCGCCCUAGAGGUCCUCGAGGAGGAGAAGCUGGCGGAGAAUGCAGAGAGGAUGGGUCAGCUGUUGAGGUCCGAGCUUAACAAGCUCCCCAAGGACAUAGUGACUGCAGUCAGGGGCAAGGGUCUGCUCAAUGCCAUCGUUAUCAAGGAGACCAAAGACUACGAUGCUUGGAGGGUGUGCAUGCACCUCCGUGACAACGGACUGCUGGCCAAGCCCACCCAUGGUGACAUCAUCCGACUGGCCCCUCCGCUCAUCAUCAAGGAGCACGAGGUCAGAGAGUGCGUGGACAUCAUCCAGAAAACCAUCCUGUCCUUCUAACACCCCUCGCGGAAGUGAAUUCAAUUCCACAAAAUGACUGAAGGAGCGUGAUCCCUAAAUAUCUCUCAUACUGUGAACUAUUGGAAAUGUUAACCCAUGCUAAAGAUUUGCAACAAAAUGUUGAUUUCGUGGCAGUGCUCUUAGUGCAUUACUGUGAAAAUGUAUGAGGGAUGCUUCUAGGAGGCGGCAAUGUUUCUGUAACAAAAAAUGUAUGUAUGAUGGAGAUGCAUGGUGUUGGCAUUAUUCCCACAAUAAUUUUAUGUCAAAGGAUGAUGGGUGGAAGUAAAUUACUUUAAAUAGCUUUGACUUCCAAAUCUAUUCCAAUUGGCCUGACUUAAAGUUAACUUGAAAUCAUCAAGCAUGAUCUCAAGCAUUAAUCAAAUGCUAUAGGUUCGCUUUCAACUUUAGAAAACGGUUUUAUUUUCCAGACUGUUAAAUACUGACAACCAACUCAACCAGAAAAGGAUUGUAAUAUCAUUCGAUUCACUCAGUUACAAUUGAACUAUUGAACUGUUAUCAAAGCUAAAAGUUUAUCCACGAAAUUAUCUGGUCUGCUUUUGUUACCCAUUAUUUGUUACAGAUUGGAGUUUACUGUCUUGAGUGAAUUACUGACCUAACGUUACAACAACAAAAUGUACACCUCUGUGGAGGCAGAAGGACUGGGCCCUAGUGCUCUUUUAUAGAACUUGACUUAUUAUUAUCAUUAUUGCCUAUAGUGAUUAAUAGUCAACUAUCUGUUCAGUGUUUGUUUUUGACCUGCUGAAUGUUUAAACUGUCAAACUGCUGUUGAUGUACAGCAACUGAAUCCAUUGUAUUUUAAGUUGUUACAUCAGUGUUUAUGAAAUAAUUGGAUUAUAGUUGUUUCUUGUUCAUCCUGGGUUUCUGCACCUGCCCGAAGCCAUUUAAUUUGUCAUCCUGAGUGACAAACUGCAGUGGCAGUGCUCUGCCACUAGGUGGUGCUCUGUGUACAUUAAUGAUAGGUUAGGUAAUGUUUUUGAGAAGCACUUUGUCAUAUUUGCUGAAAUAAUACUGCUAAAAUAAACAUCCUGAUAGCAAUCAAAUCAAAUGCUCUGACAGUAAAAUGAAAUGUGGCUGUUGCAGGACUGUAAUAAACACGACCAAUUAUUGCGUUUGGA